AUGGCCGUUCCAGAGGCACAAAACUCCGUCGGUUUGGACGAUCUCCGGGAAAACGGCCCGGUAAUUCUCGCCGACUCCCUCACUAGCAGAAGGCUUCCGGCCCUCAGGCUCGUUUCUCGCCUUCUAAAAGACAAGGACAGUGGGCUUCUUGAAGACAAGAGUCUUCUUCAAUCUUUGGCCACGCUGGUCCUCAAGAGCUACAACUACUACCAGGACGCUGCGCUGAGGACGGCGGCCACGGAGGUGCUUGAACUGUUGGCGAAUCUCGAUUCUGCCUACGCCAAAGCCUCCCACAAGUUUAUAUCCAAUGUUGCGGGAAAACUGGGCAAUUUGGCCUUGACCGACCUUGUGUCCUUGUUGGCGUGGACGUGCAUGCUUCUUGCCACCGACCUGAAGGCGGCAGGGUCCGAAUUGACCGCUUUGGCGUCGACACAUGCGGUUCUUUUGGGCAGUAUUGCUGGUGUUCAAAGAAAGGGCACACACACGAAAAGAGUGCUUGAUUCGGCGCUAGCCCAGUCGAAGAAUACGUUGAUCAAGGUGCUUUUGCUGGGUGAACCGGCUUUGGUGGAGCAUCUCGCUCAGAAGGUGAUUUCGGACCUGAUAGACCCUUCUGCUGCUACGCUAUACUUGGCGGUAUUGGCUGAAGCCGUUCACGACCUCCAACCGACCCAUCCAGCUUACAUUGCACGCUUGAAGGAAUCACCUGCAAACGGCAAGGUGGUGGACUUUUUCCUGGAAAAGGUGCUUUUAGCGAAAACGGCCCCUCAGUCGUUUUCCAUUGCCUACUUCACCAAAUGGUACAUUGGAGAGAUUCUCUCUGCGGACGUCUUCACGCAGAAAAUCCUCCCUAAUCUCGAGAAGGCCAUUCUUCGUUCAUCGGAAAUCGGUUUCUGUCACCUCGUUGAACCUCUCUUUUCCACACCCACAGAAGCCACCGAUUUGAGUACCGUUUUUGCAUCUUCCAAGCUUCUUGGCCACACGCUCAGCGGUGUGAAAUCCACUAAGGAGCACGUCAGAGAUAAAGCAGCCGAAGCAUUGGCGUUGAUUUUCAAAAACGCCUUGCCUCAUGUUUCUCUUGCUGAUUCGGGAAAAAUCGUCGAUGAAGUGAUCAAGGCAUUCAAGGGCACUACCAAUGCCGAGGCCAAGGUGCUUUUUGCAAAGAGCUUGGGUGAUUUGCGUGUGCCUGAAGAGCAAAACGGGAAGCUUUUCGAUGCCCUUCUUCCGUUGGUUGCAAAAGAGCUGAACGAGAAUAUCCUCGCUGCUUUGAACACCGUUUUGAUUGGAAACUACGUCUUUGCCUUGCGUAACAAGCAGAAUCCUUCAGAGAAGGUGCUGGCUCAGAUCAAAACAGGCUUGGCCAGUCCAAAGCUCAAUUUGAGAAAGAUCUGGGCGGUUUCUUUGGGAGACGCUCUUUAUAGAGAUCAGGAGGAGAACGAAGCCGUGGUGCUGUUUUUCGAGUCUCUUCUUCCCGAAUUGACCAAAUCUCUUCAAGAGGCUGUUCUGUCGCCGCUUUUGACCGUUUCCAACAAGGGCAUUGCCUGUGCAUAUGUGCUUGCCAAGCUCAAGGGCGUUGAACAAAAAUGGUCACUUCGUGCACUUAUAGCAUCUUUUGAGCACACAGAAGAGAAGAACGUGAAGUUUGGCUCUGCGCUUAUUUUCUUUGCCAUUUCUGCCAAUGUGGCUUUCGACGUUCGUAUUGAGGCCUUGGAGAGUCUCCGUGCUUUGAUGAACAAGAGCGGUGAGAAAGCCAGUGACAUUGUCAUUCCUGCUCUUCAAGAAACCUUGAAAUCUGCCGAGGAGAACUCUCAGGAAGUCGCCGAAUUAAACCUCGAUUUGAAGCACCUCGCCCAGGUCCUCAACGUUUUGGUUCAACAGAUCAACCCCGAUUUGUCAAUCAAGAACCUCAUCCAAAUCCCAGUCAAGGAACAGUGGAUCGGAGUCGCCUUGAGAGCUUCUCUUGAUCCUGGUCGUGUGGUGGAAUCUCACGCUGACGAAGUCCUCGACCACCUUCUUAAUACCCUUUCUACUGCUCCUAUUGGAGGAGAUAUUUUUAAUGCUGCAAAGAAGGCCUUUGUCACUGUCGGAUUCGUCAAUCCUGAGGUGACGGCGCCAAAGAUUGCCGAUAUCCUUGAAACUGAUUUGGAUACGGCUACUCUAGAUGAGUAUGAUGCUACCGCUAUCAAGAUCUGGAAAGCAGAGGAGGGCGAGGUUGUUGUGGAUGUUUUGAACGAUGGUAAGCAAAAACCAGCCGACAAAAACAGCAAGGACUACGAAACAAGGAAAUGGGAGGAAAACCUCAAGAAGGAGCUUGCCCAGAAGAAAGGUGCCAAAAAGCUCACCAGAGAAGAACAGCAGCUUGUCAAGGAGCAGUUGGCUAAAGAACUGGAAAUCCGCAAGAAUGUGGAGGCCAGAGUUCGUAUCUACACUAGAGCACUCCACAUUGUUCAAGAGCUCACGAGUGGUUCUGACGUUUUGACGUCUGGAGGUACCCGCUGGUACUUGAACGCUGUAAACGGCAUUUUGAGUGUUGUCAAGCAUCCCUUGGCGGUGGACAUUUUUGGCGAUUUCGCUAUUAAAGUAUUUAUUGACGGAUCCAGGUUGAUCAACAACAGACUCGGGGUUUUGAAGGAAAUGACCGGUGUGGCUGUUUUGAGAGUUCACGACGUCCAGGGUAUUCCAGAGAACUAUUUGGAAUUGUCUUUGAUUGAAUUGUUGAGCAAGGUGUUGUUCAGAAUCAAGAUCUUGGCCGACGACUGGUUUGACAAAACCUCCUUCAUUUACGUUUUGCCAAUGCUUACCCAGAUCCUCGUCCAGGGCCGUGAAUUGGCUCUCAAGAACUCCAAAAAGCGUACGGUUACAUCUGAGUUCGAGGAAGAGGACCCUCAGGAGGAACAGCUUCUUUUGACUGUCGAUAUCAUUUCCACUUUGGCUCAGUGUUUCAGCGACGAGACCAUCACAAGAGACACCAUUUUGAACUCGUUGCUUUCGUUGAUGAAGAUCCCAACGAAGGCCAAGUUGGCAAAGGAGUGUUUCUUGACCAUCUGCCAGCACAUUUCGAUCUCGCUUUCAAAAGCUGAUAUUGACCUUUUUUUGAGCAGCAUCAUCACCCCAGAUGUUUUUGUUAAGCACGCCAUUUUGCAAGGUAUCGAUUCUGAGUUCGAUUUGAGCGACGACUUGAGCUACUCCAAUGAGCUUUGGAUUGCUACCCACGAUAAUGACGCUGCUGUUGCAGAAUUGGCUGCAACCAUCUGGGACGAUAACAAGUUUGAGCUUGUGGACGAUGCUGUCAACAGACUUUUGAAGUUCUUUGGUCACGAGGACGCUGGUAUGCGUUUGACGGUCGCCAAGGCCACGGCUUCUGCUGUUGCUUUCUUGAAACCCAAGGUUUCAGAUGUUUUCGAUACCGCCUUGGAGUUGUUGAUCACCUUGUUCUAUGAAACGGAAAAUCCACCACCACCGCCUCUUGACAAGUUCGGUCUUCCAAUUACCAACCACGCAAGCCAGAAGGAUGCAUGGGAGGACAGAUCGACCGUUGCAUUGGCCUUGAAGGAAUUGGCUCCUAUGUUUGAAUCCAAGGAGUCUGUUGAAAAAUUGUUCUUCUUUUUGGUUGACAGGGAGACUUUGGGCGACAAGGAGAGUCUCGUUGGACAGGAGCUUCUUGAGGCCGGUGUGGCUGUUCUUGAACAUCACGGACGUACCCACGUUGAGCUGUUGAUUCCGAUUUUCGAGAAAUGUCUUUCCCAAAAGGACGAAGGUUCCAAGAAACAGGACCGUAUCAAAGAAAGUGUCAUUAUUCUUUACGGUACUCUUGGCAGAUACCUUGAUUCGCUGGACGACCGUUUGCGUAUCAUUGUGGAGAGACUUCUUUCUACUUUGGACACACCCUCCGAGGACGUUCAGUACGCUGUUUCUGAGUGUAUUGCUCCUCUUGUCAAGUCCAUCGAAUCCAAGUUGCAAGACCACCUUGACACGCUUUUUGAGAAGCUCUGGAGAGGCCAAAACCUCGCCAUCAGACAAGGUGCAGCUUACGGUAUUGCUGGUUUGGUGAAAGGUGCUGGAAUCCGUUCUUUGUUCAGCAACGACGUCAUGAGAAACAUCAUGUCUGCUGCUGAAGACAAGAAGGGUGAGCGUAUGAGAGAAGGUGUUUCAUUUGCAUUGGACUGUUUGUCCCAGAGUUUGGGUGCCAGAUUUGAGCCAUACGUUAUUGAAGCACUUCCAAUUAUCUUGAAGUCUUUGGGUGAUUCUAGUGCUGCAGUUCGUGAGGCUACCGAUAUGGCUGCAAGACAGAUCAUGAAGAGCUCCACCAGUUACGGUGUCAAGAAGAUGAUUCCGCUCACCAUCUCCCACAUGGACGACAUUGCAUGGAGAACCAAGAAGGGCUCUGUGGAGUUGCUUGGUUCCAUGGCGUACCUUGAUCCCACCCAAUUGUCUGCAUCUUUGUCGACGAUUGUGCCCGAAAUUGUGGCUGUUUUGAACGAUUCCCACAAGGAGGUCAGAAAAGCAGCCGAACAGGCGUUGAAGCGUUUCGGAGAGGUCAUCAGAAACCCCGAGAUCCAGGCCAUUGUGCCCGAUUUGAUCAACGCCAUCGGCGAUCCUACCAAGUACACCGAUCUGGCUCUCGACAAAUUGAUCAAGACCCAGUUUGUGCAUUACAUCGACGGUCCUUCUCUUGCGCUUAUUAUCCACGUUAUCCACCGAGGCAUGAAGGACCGCUCUGCCUCCACCAAGAAGAAGUCGUGCCAGAUUGUCGGAAACAUGGCUAUUUUGGUCGACAGCAAGGACCUUCUUCCUUACUUGGGCAGCCUUGUGGCUGAGUUGGAGAUCGCCAUGGUCGACCCAGUUCCUGCUACCAGAUCCACCGGUGCCAGAGCUUUGGGUUCUUUGGUUGAAAAGCUCGGAGAGGAGCAGUUCCCAGAUUUGAUUCCUCGUCUUGUGGACACCUUGAAGGACCAAACCAAGACCGGCGACCGUUUGGGAUCUGCCCAGGCGCUUGCAGAGGUGAUUUGCGGUCUUGGACUUGCGAAAUUGGACGAAAUGCUUCCCGACAUUUUGAAACAGGCCUCUUCGCCAUACUCCCACGUUCGUGCUGGUUUCUUGCCGUUGUUGUUGUUCUUGCCAGUUUGUUUCGGCUCCCAGUUUGCGCCUUACUUGAGCAGCAUCAUUCCACCGAUUUUGGCUGGUUUGGCAGACACCGACGAGGAAAUCAGAGACACCGCUUUGAAGGCGGGCCGUUUGAUUGUCAAGAACUACGCCAACAAGGCCAUCGACUUGUUGCUUCCCGAAUUGGAACUUGGUCUUGCCGAUUCCUCCUACAGAAUCCGUCUCUCCUCGCUCGAGCUUACCGCAGACUUGUUGUUCCAGGUUACCGGUAUUUCUGGUAAAAACGAGCUCACCGAGGAGCAGAGCUCUGUCAACCGUAACCUCGUGGAGGUGCUUGGCCAAGAACGUCGUGACCGUAUUUUGGCUGCUCUUUUCGUGUGUCGUUCCGACGUUACAGGUGUGGUUCGUGCUGCUGCUAUCGAUACCUGGAAGGCCUUGGUGGCCAACACGCCUCGUACGGUGAAGGAGAUCAUUCCAAGCUUGACACAGAUUAUCGUCAGAAGAUGUGCCUCGAGCGACGAAACCCACAGAGUUAUCGCUGCCACUACACUUGGAGAGGUUGUUCGCAGAGUGGGUGCAAAUGCUUUGAACCAAUUGUUGCCCAGUUUGGAAGAAUCGCUUGUUUCUGGCGAUACCGACGCCAAACAGGGUAUUUGCAUUGCUCUUACGGAAUUGAUCAAUUCUGCUUCCGAGGAUGCCUUGCAGAACCACCAGGACGUUUUCAUCAGAAUUGUGCGUGCAUCCUUGGUGGACCUGUCUCCAGAAGUCAGAAAAGCCGCUGCUCUGGCCUUCGAGGCUCUUCAGAACCAUUUGGGCAAAGUCGUCAUCGACGAGGUCUUGCCAAACUUGUUGCACCUUUUGGAAUCCAAGGAGGACUCCGAAAACGCUCUCUUGGCUUUGCAGGAUAUCAUGGAGACCAAGGCGGACAUUAUUUUCCCGAUUUUGAUCCCCACCUUGUUGAGCCCACCAAUCGAUGUUUCCAAGGUCAAGGCGCUUUCCUCUCUUGCUUCCGUUGCUGGCCAUGCCUUGUACUCUCGUUUGGGCUCCAUCGUCAACACCUUGUUGCAGGCUGUGAUCGAUGCCAAAAAGAACGGAUCUCCAGAGGAACAGGAGCAGGUCAAGGACUCUUUCGACAAGAUUUUGCUUUCCAUCGAAGACGACGAAGGCGUCCAUCCAAUCAUGCAACAGUUGAUGUCGUUGGUGAAACACCAGGAUGCCGACAAGAGAGCUGCUAUUUGCGAGCGUCUCGGUCCAUUCUUCUCCAACACCAACCUCGACUACUCCAUCUACGUGCCUGACAUGGUCACCCAGUUCAUUCUUUCUUUGGGCGAUAAGGAGCCUGAGGUUGUGGCUGGUACUUUUGAAGCUUUGAGCGCUUUGGUCAAGGCCCAGGAUAAAUCGAUGCUUGAAAAAUUGGUCAAACCUGCCCACCAGUCCUUGUCGAUUGCCGGCGUCAGAGGCGAAGAAUUGGCUGGUUUGGCCUUGCCUAGGGGCCCCAGCUGUGUGUUGCCAAUUUUCUCUCACGGCUUGAUGUACGGAAAUGCUGAACAGAGAGAAAUGUCUGCCUUGUCGAUUGCCGAGAUCAUUCUGAGAACGCCUGCUGCCAACUUGAAGCCUUUUGCAACCACCAUCACCGGUCCUUUGAUUCGUGUCAUUGGAGAAAGAGUUUCUGCCGACAUCAAGCUGGCGAUUUUGACCGCCUUGACGAACUUGUUGGAGAAGAUUCCGCAGUUCUUGAGACCGUUCAUCCCCCAGCUUCAGAGAACUUUUGUCAGAUCCUUGAGCGACGUCUCCAACGACAAAUUGAGACUUGGAGCUGUCAAUGCAUUGGGCGUUUUGAUCGGUUUCCAGCCCCGUGUGGACCCCUUGGUCACCGAAUUGGUCCAGGGUACCAAGAACGCCGAGGACCAGGGCAUCAAGACCGCCAUAUUGAAGGCCUUGUUCCAGGUUGUGGUUAAAGGUGGUAAGAAUAUGAGCGAAGCUUCGAAAUCGUCCGUUAUGGCAUUGGUCGAAGAGGAGAUCAACACCGUCAGCGACAAGUCAGCGGUGGCUUAUGCCCGUCUUCUUGGUUCGCUUUCUCAGAUCUUGUCUACUGAGGAGGCCUCCAACAUCUUGCUGUCCAAGAUCUUGAACAAGCGCCACGACAGCGAGGAGAUGAAGUUUGCCGUUUUGUCCAUCAACUCGUUUUUGAGAGACUCGCCCAAGCACAUUUUCGAAACCGGCAUGGUCGAAGAGAUUGUGCACUUUAUUGGUGAGUGCUCAGACAACACUGUUCCAUACAUCAGCGACAAUGCUGUGAUUGCCAUGGGUAAGCUUUUGUUGCUUCAUGGCGAGGUGGCUUCUCCUAAACAGGCUGGCGAUGAAAAAGCAUCUUCUCCAUUUGAACUUCCCGAGGCUUCUAUCAAAAAGUUGAUUUUCCAGUUGUGCAAGUGUGCGCUCAAACCAGAGCUGAACUCGCCAGAUUCCAGAAGAUUGUCAUUGGUUGUUUCGCGUACCGUGGCCCGUUUCAAGCUCCAGCAGCUUGUUCUUCCUCAUCUCAACGAAAUUGGCCCUGCUGUUUUCGCCUGUUUGAGAGACGGUAUUAUUCCUAUCAGACUUGCCGCUGAAAAGGCAUAUUUGGCUGUUUUCAACUUAAUCGAAGACGCCGAAAUGAAGGCGUUCAACGACUGGUUUGCCGAGGCUUCCAAGGGCCCUAUCACCACGGUUGUUGGUACUACUAUCCAACCUAGAUCCAUUGGAGACUACACCAAGAGAGUUGCUUCUAGAUUGGCCACUGUGGAAAGAGAAAGAUUGCAGGAUGGUGGAGACGACGAGGCCUUGUUCAGUGAUCGCUUCGAGGAUGAAAACGAGGUUUGGGCCGUUGGAGGAAAUUAG